UCAAAAUAUAAUCAGAAAAAAAUUGAACGAUUCGCAAUUUCUCGUGUGCGCUCGCGAGUUGUGUUGAAAAAUUUUUAUUUAAAAUUUUCUGAUGACUUUGAUACGAAAAUAGUGCAGUGAAAAUGAUAUUGCGGAUUAGGUAAAAUUCAGUUGCACCGCCGCUUACAUCCUGAACCUGUGUUUAUUUUGUGCUAAGUGUCAGUAUUAGUUAGUAUUAUGAACUUUGAAGACUAUGAAACCCUUCCAACCCAAAGUUCAGUCACACACAUGACUGCUGGAGCCAUAGCGGGGAUCAUGGAGCACUGCAUCAUGUACCCGCUGGACUCCGUAAAGACUCGGAUGCAGUCUUUACGGAGCGCACACAAUAGCACGAUCACAGAGACGUUUCGAUAUAUGGUUCGAACUGAAGGACUGUUAAGGCCCGUGCGCGGCAUGUCCGCCGUGGUGAUGGGCGCGGGCCCGGCGCACGCGUGCUUCUUCGCCACGUACGAGCAAGCCAAGCACACGCUGUCGCAGCUCACGCGGCACCGGCACGACCACAUCACACACGGCUUAUCCGGAUGUUUGGCUUCAGUAAUACACGACGCAGUUUCAAAUCCCACAGAAGUCAUAAAGCAGCGUCUCCAAAUGCUGAACUCGCCGUACCGCGGCGUAUGGGAGUGCGCGCGGCGCGUGUACCGCACGGAGGGACUGCGCGCGUUCUACCGCUCGUACGGAACGCAGCUCGCCAUGAACGUGCCCUUCCAGUCACUCCACUUCGUGACCUACGAGUGGUGCCAAUCAGUGGUGAACCCGCGGCGCGGCUACGACCCCCGAGCGCAUGCACUGUCGGGCGCUGCGGCCGGGGCGCUCGCGGCCGCCGCCACGACCCCGCUUGAUGUGUGCAAGACUGUGCUUAAUACUCAGGAGAAGACGGCGCGAGCGGACGGGCUGGCGGAGGCGGCGGGGCACAUCCUGCGCGUCACCGGCCCGCUCGGCUUCUUCAAGGGCGUCCAGGCACGCAUCCUGUACCAGAUGCCGGCGGCGGCGAUCUGCUGGCUCACGUACGAGACGCUCAAGCACCUGCUCGUCGCCAAGGCGGAGCGACAAGACGACCUCCCCCCCGCCGCCACCGCCCCCACCCCCCUCGUCGCGCCCGACCUGUCGCGCGCGCUGCGCCUCGCCGCCGCCGACGUGCCCGCGCCGCUCACCCGGACCUAGGGAGGGACCUGUUGCCGCUGCAUGGGGAGUUUAUCGACGUAGAUAAAAUUUUAUCGCGAAUCGUCAUAAUUAUGGCGAUUUUAUGGGAGGGAUGGGGUUAAAUGUGUUUGUUGAUGACGGUGACCCGUGCCGCGGGGCCUGGAGUGUUGCUGUGUACUGACGAAAAACGAACCAACGAGAGCAAUCGUGCAAUCGGUAAAGAGCGUAUACAAUAUAGAGUCGUGGCUCGCGCUCCGAAGCUUCGUUUUUCAUCAUAUAGAGUGGCCCUCCUGUCUCCGCUGCACGGGUCAUAUGUUGAAGUAGAUAACCGUCAUGUAUAUCGCGAUUAGCUUAAGACGUCGCUGGGAACACGGUUAAAACGUGUUUGUCUACGUCGAUAGCGGACCCGUGCCGCGGGGCCUGGAUUUAGCGCCGGCCUUGAGGGUUUUAGGGAUUUGUGAGGCGAAAAUGUUUUGCUCCCUGGAAAAAAUACAGGGGUUUUGACGGAAAAUUGUUGAUCAAAUUUCAUGUCGGUCAUAAUAUUAUAAUGGCCUAGCCAAGCAGUCGCUUAUGUCAAUUUCUCAAAUUAUUAAAUUAAGAGUAUGUUUCUCGAUAUGUGGAUAAAAGUUAUCUGUGGGAUAGCAAUCAUUACAUUUACUUUUGAAAAUGUAAUUUCAGAGUGUUACCAUGACUUUUAUCCUACAGAUAACCAUUAUACAAGCAUUGUGAAACACGCGGUAGGUAUCAAAAAUACCCUCAAGGUCACCGCUCAAUAUAAAUUCCGGGUCAAAAUGUACGGUCUAGUGCAGAGAAACCUGACCCCCCUCUCAUAGUAACAAUGCUUCUGAGAAGGGUCAGAUUUCUCUGCCUUAUACGCACGUUUGGGGAGAAAAAAAUUGUUUAGGUGACUUUAUGACUCCAGUUUGCAUGUGAAAUUAUGACCGAUUGGCCUACAAAAGGCACAUGUGUGAUUGAUUGAUGAUUAGAUUUAGACCUUAAUUCAAAGACGUAAAGAUGAUGAUAGCGUAACAUUUGAACUGUAGCGUAAAUUAAAGAUAAGUUUACCUACACACAAAUAAAUCACGAAAGCUUUUAUUAAAUAUUUAUCAGAUAUUGUUGGUUAAAUUAGUGGUAUUUAUAAAGUCAUCUAACCAUAGAUAUUUGUGCUAUAUUUUAACGGUUUAAGCCGUCUUGGAAAUAAAAUAGGAAUAAAAUUCCUUUGGUAGAGUCAGUUACAGCACAAAAGUGAAAUUUUGCUCGUAACAAAAUUGAUAAGUGUCAAGCGAUUUUAGAACUUAGUGGAUUUGAGUUGGGCUGAUUUUAUAAUGCUCUCAGCAUUUCAAAAUCAACUUACGCUAUGUUGAAAUUAGUUCUAUGUUCGAAUGAUAUGAAAUAUCGUAUUUAAGGUGUUAAUAUUCUGUUAGAGCAGCUUCAAUGAAUUCGAACAAUAUAUAAUUGAACUAAGCGUCAGAUAAUAAUGCAAAUAUGUUGUUUUUAUUAUAUUCUGUUGUGAGAAAGAGAUAUUGGUCUGUGAUUGAAGGUUUGAAAGAGAUAGCUGUAUUUCUGUCGUUUCGGUCUUCAAUUUUGAGUGUGGGGCGUUUUGCGGAUGAUGUUGAGAAAUUGUGAAUAAUAGAGUUAGGGACCGAAAUAAUUAUGUUAUGUAAAUAUUAUAGAGUACCAGACAAUGCAACUGUAAUAAUAUUAAACUUUAAUCUAGACCUGGUAAACCUGUUUUGUUAUUAUUAUGUUUGUUUGAAAAAUAUAUAUAUUUGAUGCUGACA